UCCAGAGGAGCCUGCAGGGGAAGAGGCAGAGCCAAUAUCACGAGAUCGAUCAAUCGGUUGAACGAUGCUGCUGCUGAUGAUUCUCGUCCUUCUCCCAGCAUUGGUUCAUUCUGCUGUUGGAAAGCACACAUUCAGUGUGGUGUAGUCUGCAGAGCCAUCCCAUCCAUCUUCAUGGAACUCAAUUUCUUCGACAAGGGUAAGGAUCCCAUCAGCUUCAAUUUGGUUGAUCCGGUCCAGAGGAAUACCAUGAGUGUCACCACCGGAGGAUGGACACACGAUCCGGUUCGGAGCCGAUAAUCCUGAUGAAUUUAAUUCCUUUUCGAGUUGUAAUAAUUGAAGAUUUUCACAUAUUUUCCUCAUUACUGUCUGUAAACUUGUACAGAAAGCAAGG